AGGUUAGUUCCGUAUUUUACUUGUGGAUAUUUUUUUUAAAAAAUAGUUCCAAAUUGAUGAAAGCUUUCUCAAUAUUUGUGAAUGAAUAGCUUUAAUGAAUAGUUUUCAACUGAGGAACACUAGAUCAGAUAUUUACUUGUGACUGAGUGUCUUUAAAAAAAAUUUUGUCUUCGCAAUGCUUUCUCCAAAACAAAACAUAAAGGAAAAUCACAAUCAAUUUGAAAUUAAUUAUUAUUGCAACUUGUUUUUCAUUCAUGUACGUGGUCUGCGUUCAAAAUUCUAAUCUAAGAAGGAAAAUUUUGAGUGUUUUUAAAUGAAUAAAGAUGACAGAAAGAAGCAGAAUCGCCACUAGUGUGCGCAUGUCUAAUUAUGCUACUCGAAAAUAUCGAAGUCGUUCUCAGUCAAAUACUAAGGAUAUAAAAAAAGCAGCUCCUGCUGUGAUAUAUCCUUCACAACAAAACCCAGAUAAGAUAUCCUAUGGAUAUAUUAAUGCUGCUUUGAGUGUUGAGAGCAUUUCCGAACAAGCACUUCAGACCAAAACAUGUUCUUUAAGUUCAAACCCCUCAGGGAAUAGUUGCCCCGACUUUCUGGCCACUACAGUUGAAAAUGUUGUGUUUCGCGUGAUACAAGGUAGUCUGCAUGACCUUCGAGAUGAUGUUGGAAAACUACACCGAACUUUAUCUGACCUGGCAACAAAAAUGACGAAAGCAAAACGCAUUGCCAUUAUCGGAGCUGGUCCAUGUGGACUGACUGCUGCAAAAUCCUGUUUGGAAGAGAAUUUAGAGGUUGUGGUGUACGAUAAGACAGAUAACAUUGGUGGUCUCUGGUGUUACAGAGAUUAUGAUGAAGAAGGAAUUCCGUCAGUUAUGAAAUCCACAGUCAUCAAUACAAGUAAAGAAAUGAGUGCUUUCAGUGAUUUUCCACCACCGAAACAUUUUCCGAAUUUCAUGCACAAUUCAGUUAUGUUUCAGUAUUUUAAACUUUACGCUGAAAAGUAUGGAGUUCUUCGGCAUGUUCAGCUCUUGACUGAAGUAGUUAAAAUUUCAAAAAGUGAUGAUUAUGAAAGGAGUGGUAGAUGGAAUGUUUUUUCCAGAAGUCUUAAAGAUGGGACGACAAAUGAAGAGGAAUUUGAUGGUGUUUUACUAGCCACUGGACAUCAUUGUGUACCUUUAAAGCAAGAUUUUCCUGGACUUCAACUUUUUCAAGGUCAUGUCAUACAUUCUCACAGCUUGAAAAAAGCAGCUGGAUACGAAGAUAAAAAAGUGUUAGUAAUCGGAAUCGGUAAUUCGGCAGUUGACGCAGCAGUGGAAAUAAGCACCGUUGCUAAACAAGUUUAUUUGAGCACCAGAAGAGGAGCUUGGCUGUUUCAACGUGUAGGACCGGAUGGUAAGCCAUUUGAUGCUGCUUAUACCAAACGUAAUCUUGACAUUUUAAGAAAAAUGGCUCCAUAUAACAUUUCCUGUUGGUUUAUAGAACAUGAACUAAACAAGCGUUUUGAUCACGCUGCAUAUGGUUUGAAGCCUAAACAUCAUGUUUUUAGCCAACAUCCUACCAUAAAUGAUGCCUUACCCAACAAAAUCCUCAGUGGAACUGUAAUUCUCAGAGAGGAUGUUAAAUCUUUUACUGAAAAUGGUGUUAUUUUUAAAUACGAUGACCAUCAAACAGACAUCGACGCUGUUAUCUUAGCAACUGGCUAUGAAAUUGCAUUUCCACUUAUAGGUGAGGAAAUAAUUCCUGUCAAACACAACAAGGUUGAACUUUACAAGUAUAUGUUUCCUCCUAAUUUGACACAUCCUAGCUUGGCUGUUAUUGCUCUAGUGCAAGUAAUUGGUGCUAUUUUUCCAGUUGCUGAAGCUCAAGCUAGAUGGUAUUCAUUGAUAAUGACAGGAAAGCGGAAAUUACCAACAAAAGAAAUCAUGCUACAAGAUAUUAAUGCGAAAUUGAAAGCAAAUAGUGAAAGAUAUAUUCCAUCCCCCCGACAUACAGUACAAGUUGAUUAUAUAACAUACUUGGACGAACUAGCGGAAUUGAUUGAUGUCAAACCACAGCUUCAUAAACUACUUGUUACAGACCCUAAACUUUUUUGGGCCUUACUCACAGGUCCAUCUUUACCUUAUCAAUAUCGAUUGAAAGGUCCCCAUUCUUGGUCAGGUGCACGGGAAGCGAUUUUAAAGUAUAAUGAGCGUGUUCUUGCUGCUUUGAAUACUAGGAAAUGCGAUGAUUAAUACUAAAAAUCAUUUGAAAUUUACAUCAAAAAGUCAUUUUCAAAUUUUAUCCAAAUUACGAUGGUUAGUUUUUAAGUAAGGGCCGUUUGAAAAUAAAAACAAAACAAAAAAUUUAUGCAGCAAAUUUAUUUUUUGAAUCUCCAUACGUUUUUCUUUCUUUCAAAAUAGUUGCCAAGUUUGCUUAAGCACUUAAUGCCUUCUAAAUAAAUUUAGAAUACCCUCUUCAUAGUAAUUUGCCACCUGCUCCAAUAAUCAAGAGGUUACGACCGUUUUCCCGCCUUCGUCAUCGUUGUACUGGUUGCCGAGAAAUGAUCGGGCUGCAUUGAAAGGUGGUUCAAAACUUCCCAGUCAAAAGAGUCGAAUGAAGAUCGGGACUGAGCUGUGGAGAGAGUGAUUGUCACGGAGUUGCAAAAAUUCCUGUCAAUAUGCCAGUAGGAAGUUUCGUAAACUUCACAAAUCUGCCUGUGAAUGUACGCAAAAGACUGGUUUUUUGCCUACUAAAAACACAUUACUGACCGUACUUCAUACGCUGAUGGCGAUUUGUUAAACUUGAACAUUUAAAAGACACAGAAUUGACCGUAUAGGUUACCUACACAGUUGUUCCCAAGGAAUGCUAGGACUCGACGCAUGCACUCGUUGCGACGCACGCGUCACCUAUUAGUGUACUCAACAAAAUUGCUCUUGCUUAAAAAACAGCCCUCGUACAUGCAUCCCUUCCGAGAAAUUAUACAAUUUUUUUCUAACUUGUUAAAAAUCUUUCAUUGAACUCGUCUAUUUUUAAUUUUAUUCUGAAAUAAAUCUCUUCAUUAACUUCCAAUGUAUGUACAUAUUUUUCUUUUCUCCAGUAAGCUACUAUUAUCUAUUGCUGUUUAAUUUUAUCACAAUGAAAUAUCGAUAAAUAAUAAAAUUUUGUUUAUGUUUCGAAUUUAAAUUUAAUAUUAUAAAUUUCAGAACUUUUUUUUUCUUUCCUUUUCAUUGAAUUAUAUCGAUGUAUUUUGUCCGAAAUUAUAGUUUUGAAAUUAUCUUUGACUUAGUGCAUAGAUAAAUUCUCUUGGCUUAUCAUUUUAAUCCUCACGUUCUUCUCAAAAAUUAGGUAAAAGCACUUAUUUGAUGUAGUUAUAUUCGUUUAGUGUAUGAAUUAUUUUUUUCCUUUCCUUUUAAUUUCAUAUGCACACAAUUUUAUAGCAUUCAUCAAAGUAAUAAGAGAAUCUGUGAUAUCAUGUAUAAUUUUUAUAUAUUUUAGCUUGAUAACCUGUUUCAAUCAGAAUUAUAUUUUGUAUUGAAAAUGUGCUUAUUUCAAUGUUAUAUUUUGUAUUGAAACGUUGUAUUUUUAUGCGUAUUCUUAUUCGAUUUUUGUGAGUUGAUGCAUUUAUACAUUUAUUUUUCCUUCGAAAGUUAAAAACAUGUAAGUAGAUCAUAACAAUCUUUAUAAUAACUGUAGUAUAUAAUUUUGAGUUUAAUGCUUUUUGGUAUUUUAUGAUUUUGUAUGUUUUUUGUCCCAGCUAAUAAAAUGAAUUUAAUUAA